AGUAUUCUUGUCAGGCUUGACCUCAUCCUUACCCAGGUCCACAAGAUUUCCCGUAUUAUUCCCAAGUAUUCUCGUUACUACGUGGAUGAUUAUCACAGUUCUCCUAGUGAAAGCUCUACUGAUAUUAUGAUGCGUCGACGCGGCCGACCACGCACACAAACCGUGAGGGAAUUAGCUACUCCUCUGGGUCAAGGGGAGGAUCAGGAUGAGAGGAUGCAGGGGGAGGCUUCUGCGACCCUCGCAACAGGACCCCAUAUGGAAGGGUUAGAGGGGGAACAAAAGAUGGAGCAGGAGAUCCAUUCUCCUGAUAGUGAGUCUGGUAUAGAACGAGCUAUUGGAAAACUGGCCCGAUUGUUUACUCAAGUCACUAGUAGUUGGGCGCAGGAGAGUUCAAGGAAACAGAAUACCAUAGAAAGGGCCAUAAAACUAGGGGCAGAAAAGUUCAGUGGGGAAGGUGAUCCCACAGUAGCGGAAAAAUGGCUAAGGGACACCGAGAAAGUAUUCAGAGUAACGGAUUGUACUGAUGAGGAGAAACUGAAAUUUGUAGAGUUUCUGUUGACAGAGGGAGCAGACUAUUGGUGGCAGUUUACGCAGAGAAAGUACAACUGUUCCACUCCUCCCACCUGGACUGAUUUUAAACAAGAGUUCUUGGAUCGCUACCAGCCCAGCUUGUAUCGGGAAAACAAAAAAAGAGAGUUUUUGAUGUUGACCCAGGGAGACAUGACUGUGGAGGAGUACAGGAACAAUUUUGUGGAGCUUUCUAGGUUUGCUCUGGACAUUGCUGGGAAUGAAAAAGAAAGGUGUAGGAAGUUUGAGAAUGGCCUUAGAGAGAGAAUCAGAACAAUAGUGGUUGCGCACUUACAUUCAGAUUUUGUUAAAUUGGUUGAAUCAGCCAUGAGGAUAGAGCGGAGUCUAGUGGGGAGAGAAAAAGAUGAAUCACGUAGACAGAAACGUGGUAACAGAGACUGGGGGAUUGCUGGCUCAAGGAGCUGUAUGCAGAGGCGUGAGGGUAGUUUCUCUGGUACAUCCAGCAGCCAGGGCUUUGGGACUCGUGGAAGACAAGGGCAAUCCAGUGACCAACAGUCAGACAAUAAAAUUUCUAAUGGAAACCAGCAGCUUUUGUGUGAUAAAUGUAGCAGAUAUCAUGUAGGGCAGUGUUGGGGCAUAGCCCCAGUUUGUUAUCACUGUGGACAGCCUGGGCAUUUCAAGAGGGAGUGCCCUAAUUUGUCAUAGAGUGGGAGUGUAUUUCAGAGGACUGUUCAGCAAGGCUUCCAGGGAGAGAUUAGCCGUGCUUAGGGACAGCAGAGGUCCCAAUCCAGGGGAGGGCCCACAGCGGGCAACUGAGGAGAGACUGAUAGUGGUCAUGGUAACAGGGUAGACAGAGAGGAUCAGAGCAGCCAUAUACUCAGGCUUGACUAUUUGGCAUGACACAGCAGGAGGCCAGGGCUACACUAGAGGUGGUAACUGGUACGUUAUUUAUUUUUAGGCGUGAGAGCUUAGACCCGUAUUUUGAUUGAUCUUGGUUCUACCCAUUCAUACAUAUUGUAUACCUUCGCGGUGUAUAUUGAUCGGGUUUUAAAACCCUUGGAGUAUAAAUUAUGAAAUGUUUUCAAACUAUUCACCCUCUUGGAAUCUUGAGACCCAUCGGGAGCGUUUGGAUCCUAUGGGAUAGGGAUACCUGGGCGGGGGCGUGACAAAAUCGCUUUCCAAACUCAUUCUCGAUCCUGUAAUUUUUACCGUUCCUUAAUUGGAAUGGGUGUGAAUCAUCACCGCAGGUUUCGCAAGAAUUUUCAAGCAAUGUCCUGGAAGCUUAUGUUGGAAAUGUCCCGUAAGUGUAUGCCUCAUCACCGUAUGUUGGAGAUGUCUCGUAAGCGAAUGUUGGAAUUCAUGUCCUUUGUUGACACUUCCCUGCUGCAAGCUUGACUUUUGUAUGCAAAAAUUUGGGCUGUUGACAACUCUUCUUGAUGUUAAAGAAUUGUCUUCUUGUGUUGAUGAAAGGACUGGGUUUAAGUAUUUGACAAAGAAAAAAUAUUUUCUGCCAAGUUGAUGACUACUUAAAGCUAUUUGGUUGUAAGUUGGAGCAGCCAUCUGAUACUAUAAGGUUCUAUUCUCUUAAAAAGCUAAAUCUUGAAAAAAAAGUUCAUAUAAGGGAAGGUUAUGGAAGUUGAACACUUGCUCUUCUCCUAUUGUUUGGGUUUAAAGCACCUUUAUGUCUCUAAAGCUCUCAAAGUCAAAGAUCAUGGAAAUUCAUGUUUCUAAUAUCAAAAGUUUAAAAAUUGCUGCCCCAAGUCUUAAAAGAGUUAAACCUUUGGUGUACUCGGCAUGAAAGGCCGAAAAUAAAUAUAAUCGGGUGCCCAUAAUUAGAAAAAUUAGAAUCUGGCGAUCUCAAACUUAAAGAUCAAGAGUUUCACCACUUUAUCAUCUCCCAUUUACCGCUUCGCCUGAUCAUCAGAUUACAGUUCCCACUUCUACAAUAAAUGCUCAAUGUCCGUGGACAGUUCACUUUGAAUUAAGAGGUGAUCUUGAUACUCGUUGUCUCAUUAAUCUGAAGGAAUUUUUUGGGGUGCCCAAUCAAAUUGAACGUCUUCCACUACUUUUGAUGACAAAUCAGAUUUCAUUUAAUUUAGACGAAUUGAGAGAAAGUUCCCCUUCACUCCUUUGUUAUGUGGGGAAGUUGACACUGUCUAUUGAUAUCCCUUCAUUGGAUUAUGAAGCUGUCUUCAAUGGCCUUCUCUGGAGUCUGGAUUUGCAAUCCUGAUACUUUAUCUGUGUUAAUUACGGAUGAUAGCAGUAUGAAAUUCUGCCAGUGGCUUUAUAAAGAACUGAGGAAUAGAUACGUCGACUGUUGCGAUUCUUGUCGCAUUAAAGUGUUGGUGGCAUCUCCUCACAGAUUAUAAGAUGAGUUUUGUAGAAUAUUCAACUCUGAAGUUGGUUGUCAUUAACUUCAUGGAUGGGUUUGCCUAUUGUCAUGGGUUGGGCCUCAACCCAAAAGACAUAGUUGCCAACCCUAUAAGCUUCUCAAGAAGCCCCUCCCCUUCCUGCCCGAUAUGGGAUUUUUAGAGCUUUUAAUGUGGGAUCCGUAAUAUUCUCUUUCACCCAAUCCUGUGAUGUCAUAAGUGGGACCCUCUACCUACCCGUCCAUGUGGAUGCCCUUUUGUGUGGGCUCUUGGCGGGAUAUCAAAAGACGGAUCGAGUCUAUUCUGAUAUCACUAUCACGAGCUCAUUAAGUGGAGAGACUCUCCUUAUAAGCUUAAGACUUUUCUAAUGCACUUCCGAUAUGAGAUGUGACACUAUACUUACUCCGGAAUUUCUGUAGUUUCAUACUCUGUUUUAAAAAUCGGAUCAGACCGAGACUCGAUAGCUUCUUCGGUCCAGUUCAAGUCUUAGGGGUGUUUUAUAAUAUUUCAAA